CUUGUAGGCACUGUCCAGUGCCCAGAGCGAUAUUAUAAACACAUAUCACUUCUCGCAAUGGCAAAAAAGAAGAAACCGGCGGCAAAUCCGGCGAGAGGGUUUGCAACUACGUCAGUGGCCUCAAAACCUAAGACAGAGAAAGUCGAAAAAGAUAUUCCAACUGCGACAGCAUCUAAGUUUCAGGGAAAUGACCUACCGAAAAGUGAUGUCGUGGAUAUUUCUCAUGCAUCUGGGGAAGCGAAGGAGAAAGAGCUCCAUGAUUUGACCCCAGAAGAGAUGACUGAACAGCUCGAACGCAACGAGUUACAGCUGCUCGUCGAAACUUAUGGACCAAAGGUACGCCGUGAAGUGGCAAAAUUAGAAUCUAAACUUCGAGCGGACAGCCGGGUUCUAAGGAGCCAAGCGCAACCUAUAUCACUGCGAAAAUGGUUACCGGAGGAACUAAUGACCAAUGUUUUGGAUAUCAUCAAAAAGGAACGCGAGGAGCUCAGCCAAACGCUACAGGCCCAACCAGGUAUAAAGCUAUUCUCUGAAGAAGAUAUGUUGUUUCGAUGCUGGACCCUCUGGGAGGCGCUCGUGAUGUUCGGCAUUGCCACUGACGAUGUGAAAAGAGUGCUUGGAGAGACCGUGAAACGACCGCCGCGGAAUGAUGCUGGGGGGUACGUUUGGGGAUUCAGAGAAGCCUUGGACUUGCUUGCAUUGGAUCUCGAAGAGGAGAAACUUCCUAGUUAUGACGCACGUAAAUCUCGAGCACUGCAGAAUAGCGAAACAUCCUCGACUCCAACGACUGCCUUCAAUACGCCAGUAGAUUCACAGAUCGUCACCCCAGAAUCAAGCCCAAAACCUAAUUCUCGGGCGAAAGCAACAGAUUCCGUCCUUAAAGAAGAUAGCGAAAGCAGCAGCGAUGUCAGUGCAAGUGAUUUUGACAGCGACAUUGAGCCUGACGAUCUCGUUGCUACAUAUCUGUCGAUAAAGGAACGACUUUAUAGACAUAGACCAGAACUUGUCGAGACGCGGCAACCAAAAUCCAAAAGGGGUAAACAACAGCAGCCUGCCCUUACCCAACAGGGCACAAAACCAAAUGAAAGGCGUCUGCAGAUGAAGAUGAAGUCAAUCGAAUCAGAUAUGCUCUUUGACAAGCACGAAGCAGAACAAAGAUGGACCAUGAGGCGAAUUCAAAUCAUGCAAGAAGUUGCUUCAGUUCGAAAUGCAAACCAGCAAGGCACCCAGAAGGAUAAUAUUAGUCAAAGUGAGGCAGGUGAGAACGCAAGUCAAUCGAAUGAGAGAACAGCCGAAUCAAACUCAAGUGAGGAAGGAUCCGAACAAGAAGCUGGAGAAAUGCUGGGAAAUAUGUUUGCUACGACUGACGGAGAGAAGUUGCAACAAGGUCCAUCUGAACCCGACGUAAAUACCUCCGUGAGCGUCCGAGACAUGGGCAAUAUUUCUGGUCUCAGUCCUCGUCGCGUACUCGAAGAUGUAUGUCGUGGUCGAGACAGUCGGGCAACUGUUCAUUUCCGUUUGAUAUCGAAAUCGACUUAUAUCAGCCGGCAUUCUGUCGUUAUUAGCUGGUCCGUUGAUCAGGAGAGAAUUUCCACAAAUGCUGUUCCAUAUAUUACAAUCGAGCAACAACCGUCCUCAAAAGGGCCGGAUUUCUCAUCGAGCAUCUCUUUCAGCAUGACGGGGAUAGCAAAUCCUGACCCCAAGCAAAGUGAAGGGUUCAUUGCUACCAUUGCGCUGUUUUAUAUAACAAACACGUCACAGAAGGAGGAGAAACAGUAUCAAAAAUUACCUCCUAAUUUUCGCGACCUGUACGGGGAGCUUUUAGACUUCCAGAAACAACAAAGCGACGCGGCAGAUCGGGAAAAACUAAGGACAAUUCGUGACAUGAUCAUCGCCCACAGUCAAGAACAAGAAGAUGACGGUAUUGUUUUGUCCUCUGCUUUCCGAAACCGUGGCCUUAAUUCUCCGAGACCUGGGUCAAGUAGAGGGAUUUCUCCUUCCCUUGGCGUGCCGAAAGGUCAGUCAAGAGAUUGUAUUCAGCUCUGGAACAAUGUACAAAACUCAGCACGAUUCCAGCAAAUGCUGUCUACCCGGAUGAAUCUGCCCAUGUUCGGCUUCAAGCAUACUGCUCUAUCAGCCAUAGAUCAGUCCCAGGUCAUCAUACUGUGUGGCGAGACGGGUUGCGGGAAAAGUACACAGCUUCCAUCUUACGUUCUGGAGAACGAGUUGUCGCAUGGUAGAGAAUGUAAAAUCUACUGCACACAACCUCGACGCAUAUCAGCCAUUUCGCUCGCGCAGCGAGUGAGUGAGGAGAUGGGUGAAUUACCCGGCGAUGUUGGUACAGCUCGUUCAUUGGUUGGCUACGCUGUACGUCUUGAAUCGAAGGUCUCUGCACACACCCGCCUGGUAUAUGCAACUGUUGGUGUCGUUCUUCGUAUGCUUGAGUCAUCAAGAUCCUUGGAUGACAUCACACACUUGAUUAUCGAUGAAGUGCAUGAGAGAUCUAUUGAUACGGACUUUUUGCUUAUUGUAUUGAAGUCGUUAAUGAUUCGACGACCAGAACUCAAGGUUAUUCUCAUGAGUGCAACAGUAGACGCGACAAGAUUCUCACAGUAUCUAAACAACGCCCCAAUUAUCAACGUGCCUGGCAGGACUUUCCCGGUCCAGACAAAAUUCCUGGAAGAUGCCAUCGAACUGACUGGAUUCAGCAACGCUGACGUGACAUCGUCUAAGCACGAUAAUGAUGACGGAUUUGGCGAUGUCGAGAUAGAAGGCGGCACUUCUGGCAUACCAAAACAAUUACAGGGCUACAGCGCUGCCACUCUUAAUGCACUAUCACAUUACGACGAGUAUCGAAUAGACUUCGAACUCAUCGUUCGACUCCUGGAGAAGAUGGCUACAGACCCUGCGUAUACGUCUUACAGCAAAGCCACACUUGUUUUCUUACCUGGUAUCGCUGAGAUUCGAGAAUUGAAUGAUCUCUUGACUGGUUCGUCAAUCUUCCAAACUCAGUGUUGGGUUAUUCCUCUGCACUCAAGCAUUGCAAGCGAAGAACAGCAACUCGCGUUCCGAGUUCCACCUGCAGGUGUGCGUAAAGUGGUCCUUGCUACUAAUAUCGCGGAGACUGGUAUUACUAUUCCAGAUGUGACGUGUGUCAUAGAUACUGGGAAGCAUAAAGAGAUGCGACAUGAUGAGCGCAGGCAAUUAUCGCGAUUGAUCCAGUCCUUCAUAUCACGUGCGAAUGCAAAGCAGCGUCGAGGUCGGGCUGGUCGCGUCCAGGAAGGCUUGUGUUUUCACCUAUUCACGAAGUAUCGCCACGACGAAUUGAUGGCUGAGCAGCAAACACCAGAAAUGCUACGACUUUCUCUUCAAGAUCUUGUCAUGCGCGUCAAAAUCUGUGGACUUGGACAAAUUGAGGAGACUCUUGCGCAAGCUCUUGACCCUCCCAUGGCCAGAAAUGUCCGGCGGGCCAUUGAUGCGCUUAUUGAAGUUGGUGCUUUGACCUCAAAUGAAAACCUGACAACAUUGGGUUCCCAACUGGCCAAACUGCCACUGGAUGCGAAUCUCGGGAAACUGUGCUUGUUUUCGGCAAUUUUUGGCUGUCUUGAUGUUGGUCUCACCAUAUCGUCAAUAUUGUCAUCAAAAUCACCAUUUGUUACACCUUUUGGCGAUCGACAGCGAGCAGAUAAUGCGCGCUUAGGUUUUGCGAAAGGCGAUUCGGAUCUAUUGACGGCUUACAAUGCCUAUUCAACAUGGAGACGUAUCUGCCAAACACCCAACCAGUCUGUGCAUGCAUUCUGCCGUAAAAUGUACCUCAGCCACCAAAACCUCAGCAAUAUCGAAGAGUUAAAGGGUCAGCUUUUGACCUCGCUUGCGGAUACAGGCCUUGUCAGUCUAUCCAGAUCGCAGCUGCCGCGCUUAUCUCGCGGUCGCCAAGCUUUUGUUCAAGUACCUAUAGAACUUGAUAUCAACAGCAACAACGAAACGAUCGUAUCUUCAGUCAUUGCGUGGUCGUUCUACCCGAAGCUGUUGAUUCGUGACGGUAGAGGGUACCGUAACAUAGCAAACUCACAGCAGGUCUCUCUUCAUCCUGCAAGUGUCAACAAAGGCAAAAAUGAUCUAAAAUUUCUGAGCUACUAUUCAAUGAUGGCCUCGUCCUCAGGUAAUAAGAAUUACAACGCACUCAGCACAUCUGCGGUGGCAGAUGUACCCGUCAUGCUGCUCGCAGGUGAUGCAGAAUGGAGGCUUCACGCAGGAUUUGUAGUAAUAGAUGGGAAUAGAUUAAGGUUCAAAGUAGAUCAGUGGAAGGAAGCCAUCACGAUGAAAUAUCUGCGAAUAAAAAUUGAGGAGCUCGUUGAGAGCCGAUUAAAGGAGCCACUGAAGGAAAUAUCGGGGAGGGCGAAGAAGUGGUUCGAACUGUGGGACGCCAUGUGCAAGAGUUACAAUGAAAGAACAAAACAGUGAACUAGAGACAUGAUUUUAAUUAACGAC